AAUAUGCGCACUUAUGGCUAACAAGAUCGAAGGGCCGGAAGAAAUGUCUCGUGCCACAGAUACCAUGAUCCGCGGCAUGGACAGUGAGAGCAUCAAGAAAUACUUGUUCAAGAUAGCCAUGAAAAGCGAUUGGGAAGGAGUUGUUCAGGCAUAUAGGCUAAACAAGCAGCUGGCACACAAGGCAAGAAUCACCAAGUCAGGUGAGACGGCAUUGCACAUAGCAGUGUUAGAUGGCCAAGAGGAUCGUGUUGAAGAACUAGUAAAACUGGUUUCCUUGGAGGAGCUGAAACUCCAAAACCAGCGAGGGAAUACUCCUCUCCAUUUUGCCGCAGCACAAGGGAAUGUGAGAAUGUGCAAGUGCAUUGCCAAAGUUCAUCCUUCUUUGGUUGGUAUUCCCAACAAAGAUAAAGAGACCCCUCUCUUCUUGGCUGCACUCCAUGGUAAAAAAGACGCCUUCUUGUGUCUCCACUACAUUCGUACUCCUAACGAGUCUGAUCCAAAAUACUACAGUUACUGUAGGCGGGAAGAUGGGGAUACUAUCUUGCACUGUGCAAUUUUGGGGGACUACUUUGAUUUGGCAUUUCAGAUUUUAGCCUUGUAUGAAGAUCUAGUCAAUUCUGUUAAUGAAGAUGGGUUUUCCCCUCUCCAUGUUCUGGCGGGUAUGCCUUCUGCUUUCAUGAGUGGUAGCCACCUUAGACCUUGGACCAAAAUCAUUUACCACUGUAUAUUGGUCGAUGAGCUGAAUGUGGAAGAAGCAGAUCACUUCCAUAAGCGGGUAACUAAUACAAUAUUGAACAAAGAAAAGGCUCCGAAAUACCCAGAAAACUACAAAACCUGCAUCAGUUUCUUGCUAGUGUUCUGGAAAAUGGCUCGAGUCUUUGUAGAAAGAAGGCAAAAAGAAUCCACAGAUCUAGAGAGCCCUGAAGAAACUACUGAAGGAAAUUCAGGUCCUUACAAGUACACCUGCUCUGAAGAAACUGCUGAAGGAAAUUCAGGUCCUUACAAGUACACCUUCUCUGAAGAAACUACUGAAGGAAAUAAUUCAGGUCCUUACAACACAUGCUUUAAUUUUGUCAAGGUCUUGUCGAAGGCAAUGCUGAUUGUUCUUGGAUUAGGGUCUACGGAAAUAAAGAAGAUAAGGAACAAGAAAGAAAAGCACAAAUGGGCUGUUCAGAUCAUGGACAAGCUAUUAAAAAGUACUAUGAUGUAUGAAAAUGAAGACAGUGGUAUGAACCCUUACAUAAUUUCCGAUGAUGGCGACCGUAUCAUCCUUGGAAGCAUUGAAUUAGAACAACCUGCAAUGACACUUCCACCUACUGACCAAGACGAAAACAAAGGAAAAGGAGACAUUGGAAAAGGGUCAUUGUCGCCAGAAUCGACAGAGAAGAAAACCCCUGAGAUGGAAAAGAAGGAAACACCCAUUUUGAUUGCUGCGAAGAAUGGUGUGACUGAAAUGGUGGAGAAGAUCCUAGAACUUUUUCCAGUGGCCAUCCAUGACCUUAACGCACAGAAAAAGAAUAUAGUUCUGUUGGCUGUGGAGAACAGGCAACCUCAUGUGUACCAACUCUUGCUAAAGAAAAAGAUCAUGAAAGAAAGCGUCUUCUGCCAAGUGGAUAAAGAUGGCAAUAGUGCAUUACACCUUGCAGCAAAUCUGGGAGAAUAUAAGCCUUGGCUAAUUCCUGGUGCUGCCUUGCAAAUGCAAUGGGAAAUCAAAUGGUAUGAGUUUGUGAAAAACUCAAUGUCGUUCCACUUCUUCAUCCGACACAACAAGAAUAGCAAAACCGCAAAGGACAUCUUCACCGAAUCCCACACCCAAAUUGUCAUAGACGGCGGGAAGUGGCUGACCAAAACCUCACAGUCUUGCUCCGUCGUGGCUGCUCUCGUCGCCACCGUCGCCUUCGCCACCGCCACCACCGUCCCCGGCGGCAUCGACGAGAGAAACGGCAGACCCACCCUUGAAAACCAACCGGCUUUCGAGAUCUUCGCCAUCGCCUCCCUCGUGGCCCUUUGCUUCUCCAUCACAUCAAUGGUGAUGUUCCUGGCCAUUUUGACGUCACGGUAUGAGGAGAGGGACUUCGAGAAGAACCUGCCGAGAAAGCUCUUGUUCGGCCUGACGUCGCUGUUUUUGUCCAUCACUUUUAUGCUGAUAUCGUUUUGUGCCGGACACUUCUUCGUGCUCAAAGACAAACUCAAGUACGCGGCGUUUCCGGUGUAUGCAAUAUCGUGUUUGCCGGUGUCGUUUUUCGCUAUAGCGCAGUUUCCGUUGUACGUUGAUCUGGUGUGGGCUACCUUUAAGAAGGUGCCGCAGCGGAGUUACAGGGAAUGAUCAUGACAAUACAUGAAAAACGAAUAGUUUGGAUCUUUGAGUUUACAUACUAAAAGAGACAGAAGUGCAGUUUUAAUUUUAUGAGCUCUAUAUAUGCCUGAAGCCCAGCAAUGAAGCAAGGACAUGAAACAUGCGAAGCUCAGAGCCUGCUGAAAAAGAGGAGCUUGUUCAUAUUGUGUGACGCAAACUUGCAUCAUGAUGACAUGAGAAACAGCACAGAAGGAUAAGAAUUAAG